AACUGGUUGCAUGAACACCAGCCCUUGAGAAGCUUUUCUUUGCUACGUCUCAGAUGGAAAGCUGAGCCUGACUAUCCAACCAAGUACACUCUGAUAGAUGAGCAAGACAUCCCCCUGGUGGAGAGCUACUCCUUUGAGGCUCGAAUGGAAGUAGAUGCUGAUGGAAAUGGUGCUAAGAUAUUUGCAUAUGCCUUCGACAAAAACCGAGGAAGGGGAUCGGGUAGACUCCUCCAUGAGCUGCUGUGGGAGCGGCACAGGGGAGGCGUGGCUCCUGGGUUUCAAGUGGUGCAUCUCAACUCAGUGACAGUGGACAAUCGCCUGGACAACUUGGAGCUGGUACCAUGGGGCUGGCGACCCAAAGCCGAAGAGACCUCCAGCAAACAGAGAGAGCAAAGUUUGUACUGGCUUGCAAUCCAGCAGCUGCCCACGGACCCCAUAGAAGAGCAGUUCCCUGUCCUGAACGUGACGCGGUACUACAAUGCCAAUGGGGAUGUGGUAGAGGAGGAGGAGAACUCCUGCACCUACUAUGAGUGUCAUUACCCUCCGUGCACAGUAAUUGAGAAGCAGCUUCGGGAGUUCAACAUCUGUGGGCGUUGCCAGGUGGCACGGUACUGUGGUUCCCAGUGCCAGCAGAAGGACUGGCCUGCCCACAAGAAGCACUGUCGAGAGAGGAAGCGUCCCUUCCAGCAUGAGCUCGAGCCGGAGCGAUGACUGGCAGGAGGGCCACUGCUGCCGCAGGGUUCUGACCCUCUGUGGGCACAGCAGAAGUCAGACUAGCAGUUGAACCUGGAGGUGCCAAAGAAGCUAGCGGCGGGCCCCCGAACAAACACCAUGAGGCUCCCCAGGCACAUGCCGUCUGUGGGGACAGCUCCCCUCAAGUGUUAUCUCCAGCAGAGACAACGGGGAGGCUCCCCAGGACCUUUCUCAUUAUUUAUAUGUUAAUAUGUUUGUAAACUCAUGUACAGUUUUUUUUGGGGGGAGGGAGAGGGGGUUUAGAAACUACAAAUAGAAUCAUUUGCUGUAAUGUUCAAAUGGCAAACAGUCA